UGUGAACCUAAAAAAAAAGAAAAUUGAAUUACUUCGUGACCUUGAAUAACUUCUUUGAACAUUCUUCGAUUUAAUAACUCGUUUUAUGCAAACAGAUACUAAUGUUUGUUAGUGAUUUGUAGAAGAUUCGAUAAUGGACGUGCCUCAUCGUCUUUGAGAUUAACGUAAAUAUUGGACUUACAGUGGUGAAAUAAGAAAAAUCAACGAAGAUGGCUUCUAUGUGUGGUAGCAGCAAAAGUUAUCCUGCGAUAAAUACAGGCAGCUAUUACAGGCCAGGAGCUUAUCCUUAUCAAAACGAUUAUUAUUUGCCACCACGGUCAACAUGGUCCAGGGUCUCGCCCCAACAGACAAAGAAACAAAGAGGAAACACUACGUGGAAAGUAGGCAGCGCAAUGUUAAUCAUCUCCGCCAUGCUAGUAUUAAUUGCUGUCUUUGCAAUUGCAGGAUUAGCGCUGUGGAUGGGAGCUCUUCGGACAGAUUCAAAGAAUGCGAUCGUUGGAUUCACCUGCAGUUUCAGGGUGUCCAAAGGAGAAAAGUAUAAUCCUAUGUUAAAAUUGAACACGAGCAUGGUGUUCCGUGAAAAGGAACGAAAGUACAAGAAUAUAUUCGAGUUGCUGUUUAGAAGAAGCGUUUUAAGCCCAGCUUAUAAGCAAACGAUCAUAGACAGGUUCGAAAGCGGUAUUCUUAAGGUGUUCUUCAGGAUAUACCUAGAUAGAAGGAAGAUACCGCGAUCGAUUACAAACGUCGAAGACACAAUCGAGGAUGUUAUCGCGAAAGAGACUUAUUCAUCGUCCUCCUUGUUCAAGGACAUGGAACUGGAUCUCACGAGUAUAUCGGUAAAAAGAAUAAAUCAAGAGGUGCCAGGGAAUCCCAAGCACGCACAACAAAAGAACGCAAUGAUCACGAAAAACGGUCUUCUCCGACCCAGCAGAAACAAUUCCUUAAUCACCAAUUCAAAACCAAAAACAAAACCCACCAAGAUCGAGUCCAUCGAGUCUGAAAUCGACUUCAGCAACAUACCAACGAUCCAGGGUACCUACAAAGCGACAAAAGUAAAUGCAACCUCUUCAAAUAAAGCAAACUCUACCGAAGAAGCAGUCAAACACGAACCGGACACGACAAACAGUACCAAAGUAGCUUUACCUCAAGAACAAACCUCGACUAAGUCCACGAGCAUGGAGGACAGCACCCAGACAACUACCAGCACGACUCGGACGAUCUCGACUACUGAUUCGGUAACAAAAGACCAACUCAAUUAUACGGUACAUGAAGACGCACCCAACAGCAACUCAAAAACCGUGAAAGAGGUCUUCGAAACGUCCACAGCGUCUACAGAUCCGGUGGAAACCGAUCUCUUCAAAGAUUUCCGGAAACCUGAUUUCGAGACGUCGCCGUGGAGACCCAUCGUGCCUAGUUACGUCAACACCGAAUUAAAGUUAUUACCGAACAACGUUGAAAAAACAACUAAGAGCAAUUAUAAAGUGAAUUACAGUAACAUAGCACCCGACACCACCACGAAGAUUCCUCCGCAAGAUGUUCACGAUAACAUCCCCGAGUCCUCGCGGCCUUCGGAGCCGGCAGAGGCCUUGAACUCGUAUGUGGAUGUACCUGGCAUGAGCACAUUCGACAUAGGUGACACAAACUUCCCUCGCGACAGAAUCGUGCCUCAGGAGAUGGUGAACUUCAGGGUGAACGGGAAGUUUAAGAACAAAAUCCCUGGACUGCUGGAGGAUGGGCAGAUCUUCACCGAACCGACGCUGCCUAAAGUGGACCAGGACAGGAGGCCGGAUAUCGAAGUGUCUGGACAACUUCCGCCGGAAACUUACGAUGUCAAGCUCCGAACAUCUUCUGAGCCUGAAAGAAUAGAGUUUCCGUUAGCGAAACCUCAUCGUUCAGCUGUGGAGAAUGAAACUGGGUGGAGGGUUCCAGACACGACAAUUCCUUUAGAAACGAGUAAAGAGAAAAUAGGUCAAAGUAAUGGCGAUUUGAAGGAGAAGGAGGGUUCUGAUAACUUGCUGGUAAAUUCUAAUACUUCAAAAUGGCAGCAGAAGCCGGAUACCGAGGAGGAAUCUACGACAGAAAUGUCGGGGGUCGGAGUGGCAGAGCCUGUCUCCGAUGUGGACGUUGAACUGGAAUCAAGAAAUCGGUACUCGGAUAUUCAGGCCGUUGAUAAACAACAGAACAAUGCCCUGCAGGAUCGAAAAGUGGAUAAAAAUGUCGAAGAACCUGUUUAUACCAGCUAUAAGACGCCUGAUUUGAACGGGGCUGGUAUGAAGCCGAGUCUGAUCCAGAGUUCUGGGACUCUGAUGCCAUUUAGGCACACGAUACCCGUAGACAAAAUCGCUUCCGUUGUGAAUUAUGACAAAAAUGAAGAGGAAUAUUCGCCGAAACAACAAAUUAACGCUGUGACAGAUAGUAUAAUUGACAACGAAGAAAAACUCAUAGAAAAUCAUCGAUUAAGCUCAGACUUGUAUGACAACCUAAAGAACACGACGGAGGAUGAGAUCAAAAUAUUACCAGAAAAUUUGAAUGACACGAUCGAGGUGGAAACUGUUGCUCAAAAAGAAGAUACUGUUAAAACUAACUCUCCUAUGAAAAACGCAAAGAUUGAAUUGUCAGAGGGUACAGAAAUAACGAGAGAAAAUUCAGGAAUAAUAGACGAUGAAAAGUUCCUCAAGUUGAGUACGACCGAAGAAUACUCGGAGGUAAUCCACCCUCUAUACAACAACAUAGAUAAAUUAGUUGUAAAGGACGAAGGAACUAAAGAAACGUCGCCAGAAAGAUUACCACCUAGUCUGUCCAGGAACUCUACCUUCAUAGAGAUUGACACCUUGAAGCACACUCCGGGACAGUCUGACUCUGCCUCAUCAGAGGUUAAACCAAACGACAAAGUAGAAGGAUUCGACUGGUUGUUCAAUGGAACCGUGAAUCGACCAAUUAGCUCUUCAGAGACUAGAAAAAAGGUCUAUAACGACACUUUGAAGGCGUAUGUGGUUGAAAAUCUGGUGACUCUGGCGCCUGUUAAGAGCAACACUGGCAUUGGCAGACCGGUAAGACCCAGACCCAAGCUGGAGGAGAAAUCCACGAACAGAAGCGCCUCCGACGAUUCCAUGCUUUUGGAACAAUUGUUCGGCGUGCACAGUCGAGACAGAAACACGACGAAGCGUGAUUCCUUUAAUCAAGAUAACUCGGAAGAAGAUUCCAACAAUCACGGCAAGAUCGAACAAAUCGUCGAAGUCGUGACAUCCAUCAGCACUAAAGUCUCCUCGAACUUUAAAGGAGAUCCUGUUAUAUUGAAAUUCGUCGUUACCAACUCGACGUCUCUUCCGGUGAUACAUUCGGAGCUACACGAAAAGGACGCCUCUUCUUCGCAGAUAGCGGUGCCGGAAGAAUUACCCGUCGACGGCAACAGAGAAGAAAAUCGUUCCUUCAGAGAUCACGGUUCGAAUCAAGCCAGUCUAACGUGGACGCAGGAAUCUCCUCUAAUUCCUAGCAACGUGCAGACAUCGGAUCGGAAAAUCUCCACGGUCGAAGAGAACCAGUUUCUUCUGCAGAAACUGAAACAGCUGGCUGUAAUUGGAACGGACGAACAGCCAGUGAAAGAGAGAAACACUUCGAGGCCAGUUGUAAAACCCACCGUGAAAACGGAAGCUCGACCGCUGUCAGAUUUUGAGAAGCUGAAGGAGAUCGCGGACAUCGCAACCGGAAACGAGACUUUGAUGAACUCCAGCGCUGCUUUUACGAUGACGCGUGACGGCGUUGAAAUACUGACGAAGAUUUUGAACAAGAUGGAGGAUCGUACCGAUAAAAUGAUCUCUACUACCGAACAGAAUCUGGAAACUGAUCAUUGUUUCGGUUUCCAAUGCAGAGACGGGAAAUGUUUACCGGCCAGCGGUCGAUGCAACAUGUUAGGUGAAUGCUCAAAUUCGGAAGACGAGGCCAACUGCACGUGCGCUGAAUUUCUGAAGGCGCAACUCUUGCAUCAGAAGAUUUGUGACGGUGUAGCGGAUUGCUGGGAUUACUCGGACGAAGCAGACUGUGACUGGUGCGAAGAGGGUCAAUUCGUUUGCGGUAACAGUCGGUUCUGCAUCGACCAGGACAAGGUUUGCAACGGUUUCACCGACUGUCCUGGAGGAGAGGACGAGAAGAAGUGUGCUGCACUGAUCGAAGACGACGCGAUGUUAAAUUAUCAUAAAACAAACGCUUUCGGUAACGAAAAUAAUUCUGACACCGUUACAACAUCGUACAAAGAAGACGAUUACUCGGAGACAGAUUCUACUAUGAACAGCGAUAUCUUUGAUCAAGAAGCUGUUGAAUCCUUAAUCUCAGAAUCGACCACUUUACGCGUGUUCAAAAACAAUGUUCAGUUGGAGAAAAUUAUAAACAAGGACGAUUCUGCAAUCAAAGGAGCUCUGUUCGACAACCGCGAACAUUCCAAGCCUGCAACUCUCGUCUCAGGCAGAGAAAUAUCGUCGAACACGAAGGAUAUUCUGACUCGUGGGAAUUCUAUUCACGUAAAGACUAAAGAGAACGAUACCACUGCGAUCAACUUCAAAAAAGAGAUUAACAGUUACCACGAGAAGGGGUAUUUAAACAUUCGAAAGAACGGAAAAUGGGGGAAAUUAUGUUUAAACGGCAUGGACGAUCUUUUACAAGAGAGACAAGCUGUUUGGACCAUAGAGGAUCUUGGUAGAGCUGUUUGUAAGGCGAUUACGUAUCAGGAUUACGAUACUGUGGAGAAGGUAUUAGAUGAAAAUCCCGCCUCCAGCCGAACAUAUUAUACUCUAUCUUACAACGAGAAACCUACGGACAAAACGAUUCUGACUUUCAAAGCGUCCGAGUGCCCGAGCGGUGAGAUUCUCAGGGUCAAGUGCAAGAACCUUGAGUGUGGAAUAAGAACGCAGACCCCGUCGCAGGCCAGAUCGAAUAUUUCUCGACGUUGCAGAAUAGUCGGAGGUGGUAGUUCUUCGACCGGAAGUUGGCCGUGGCAAGUGGCUCUGUACAAAGAAGGCGACUAUCAGUGCGGCGGAGCGCUCAUCAACGAAAGAUGGAUUCUCUCUGCAGCACACUGUUUUUAUCAUGCACAAGACGAAUAUUGGGUCGCAAGAAUCGGAGCAACGCGUAGAGGAAGCUUCCCAAGUCCUUACGAGCAAGUGUUACGCGUGGACCACAUAUCCUUGCAUCCCGACUACAUCGACAACGGAUUUAUAAACGACAUAGCGAUGCUGAGACUCGAGAAGCCGGUAAUUUUCAGCGACUACGUUAGACCAGUGUGCCUUCCUCAAGCAGAACCUAAGAGUGGCACUAUGUGCACCGUAACGGGCUGGGGACAACUGUUUGAAAUAGGAAGGAUAUUCCCUGAUACCUUGCAGGAAGUACAACUUCCUGUAAUCUCGACAGAGGAAUGCCGAAGGAAAACGUUGUUCCUUCCGUUGUAUAGAAUCACAUCGGGGAUGCUUUGCGCAGGACUGAAGGAUGGUGGAAGAGAUGCCUGUUUGGGAGACAGUGGCGGACCUCUGGUUUGUUCGGGAUCAGACAACAAGUACACUCUUCAUGGAAUUACUUCUAACGGUUAUGGCUGUGCAAGACCAGGAAGGCCCGGAGUGUACACGAAGGUGCAUCAUUAUCUUCCUUGGAUCGAACGCAUAUUUUCGAUGGAAGAUAUUCGGUCCUCGAUAGCUUCUUGCAAGGGUCAUCGAUGUCCUCUCGGUGAAUGCUUACCAAAAUCUCGAAUAUGCAAUGGAUUCUUAGAAUGUUCGGACGGUAGCGACGAACGUGACUGCCCUGUUAAUCUUUAAUCUGUUAACCGGGUCAUUUCUUCACCGUAAAAGUAUCACUUCCGUUCUGUAAGUGUAGUAAAAAAUAAAGGGAAAUGAGCUGCUUCCUACUGUUCGUGAAAAGAAUAAAAAUAACUCGUGUUUGUCUGUUAAUAUAAAUCAAAUAAUAGAAUAAACAACAAGGAAUGUUUAACGCUAGAACAAACAACUUAUGAAUAUGAAUGUGUACGUUUGUUCUAUCGUUAACUCGUCUUCCCCGAUUAACAGAUUAACGAUAAAAGACUGAACCGGUAUAUCUCUGUAUAUUUAUUUGUUUAACGAAUUUAAUAUUAAUUUAAUUUAAUUAACUAUUAAGAUUGCUGUAAAAUAUUCGAAUGCUCGUCGAUUAAUAGAAAUGUGCAAUACAUAGCUAGAAAUCAAAAGAUUGAAGAUAAAUGUUUAGAGAGCGGAUCAGAGAUUCGUUGGUUAAAUAUAACUAUGAUGAACAUGCUGAUCUGUCGCACAAUUAUCUUCACGUUUGACAGUUAACACGUUUAAAUGAUAGAAAAUGAAAUUACUAAUGUUUAAGCGUAAACAGAUUAUUUGUUCGAUGAUAACGAAUGAAUAAUCGCGAUGAAUAGUAUUACUGAGUCAUUCGCGUGACUCAGAAGUACUAGAUAAUAUAAGAUUAUUUAGACAAACCUGGUAUUUCGAUUCUUUUGUAAUUACGAAACGAAUCUUAAGGCCAUGUGUAUACUGUUAUUUCAGCCUUAUCAAUUUAAAAACUUUCCACAUAACGUGUGUACAUAUUACAUCUAAUUAUGUAAAAAAAUGUAAUGGUAAUAAAUAAGAAUUUUUAAAAAAACAGGAGUCCACUAUUUACACACAUCCACGCCAUCCACUUUCAGAACACUGGUGAAACGUUAAGGAAUGAACUCGUCAAAUGGAAGGAAAUGAUGAAAAUGGUCUGGUAUCGUAAAGGAUCU